AUGCAAAUGAUUAUUUCUUAUCAAAUCUUCUUCCUCUUCUACCUUCUUAGUAUCUCUUUAUCUAUCAAAUUAUAUGCUCCAUUGAAAACACCAUUACGUAAAUCAUUAAUUCAACGUCGACAACUUCUAGAUGGUACUGCAAAAAGUGAUGGUGUUGCUCCUAAACCUCCUGGUAGUGAUAAUUUCUUUAAUCAUAAUAUAAUAACAUCAUUAACACAGCAAACAACUAUACAUUAUACGUAUUCUACUACAAGUAAACUUAUUAAAGAUGAAUUAGCAAAUGAUCGUUCGAUUAAAGAUCAAACUUCAUCACAAUCUAGUUCAAAAGCUGGCUUAAUUGCUUCUAUCGUUGCACCAACGGGUAUUUUAGGUGUAAUUGGUGCUGCUGUUGGUGC